GAUUACUUGAAUGAAUAGUGUUCUCGUAAAUUUUAAACAAGAAUGACUUACAGUUAAAUAAUGUUUUAAAUUUAAAAAUGGGCGCGAACUAUCUUUUUUUUUCAUUUGUUAUUUUAAUUUUCGUAAAUAAGUCUCAACAGUACGAAGUUGUGCCAUCUGAUAAUAAUCUUAAAGGUAAUUUAACGGAUAAAGAUUAUGGAAAAGGCAGUUUGGUAUUUGUGUUUGAUACAACGGGAUCUAUGUUUAAUGAUUUGAGGCAGCUAAGGGAAGGGGCUGAAAUGAUUUUGAAAACAGCUUUAGAAGAUAGCAAUGUAAUCGAUGACUUUGUAUUCGUGCCGUUCCAUGAUCCAGCUGUAGGACCCCCAACAGUCACUAAAAAUAAGGAUAUCUUCAAAUCAGCACUAAAUAUUGUCCGUGUUUAUGGAGGUGGAGAUUGUCCUGAGAAAUCUUUGACAGGAAUACAAAUGGCUUUGAAAGUCAGUCGUCCCCGGUCAUUUAUUUACGUCUUCACUGACGCUACAGCCUCUGACCACAGAAAGGUGGGAUCGGUGCUAGACUCCAUUCAAAGAAAACAGAGUCAGGUGGUGUUCGUAUUGACCGGACAUUGUAACGACUUGAACAGACCUUCAUAUAAAGUGUACCAACAGAUAGCCGCCGCUAGUUCUGGACAAGUGUUUAAUUUAAACAAAACCAGCGUACAUAAGGUGCUAGAGUUUGUGCGAUCUUCCAUAAAAGGGAGAACAGUGAACUUGGGCUCAGCUUUCAAUCCCGCUGGGUACAACUAUACGCAGAAGAUCCCAGUGGACAAGUCGGUUGGUGAGGUGACCGUGUCGGUGUCGGGGGCAAAGCCACAGAUCAAAGUCGUCAACCCCAGCGGAGAAGAGAUAACGGGGCCUCCACAACUCGUCACUACUUUGGACUUGUCAGAAAUUAUGAUAGUGAAAGUCCUUCAACCAGAGCCAGGGAACUGGAGCAUAACAGUGGGGAGUGAGGAGGAGCACUCAGUGAAGGUGGUUGGGUUGUCCAACCUGACUUUCCAGCAUGGGUUCUCUAUGAAACCAACUAUAUCUCUAGAGGAGACGAGCUAUCGACCAAUACAAGACGUAUACAACCACAUGAUGAUAUCUCUUAGCGAAUCUAACACAUCUCUGCAGCUGGAGAAUGUCCAACUCCUCGGCUUGGACGGAAACACGAUAUUUGAAGUACCACUAAAGACGUUGGAUGGCAGUGACGGGAGGACAUAUAUAGCGGAGGCUUUUGUACCGCCGAAUGACUUUUUUAAUUUAGCUAUCAUUGGUCAUGAUGAGUUCGGUCAGGAAGUGCGAAGAAUUGGUCCUACAGCUGUUCAGGCGAAACCCCCAGAUGUUCCGGAACUGAUAGUACCAAAGAGGGUAACAUAAAAUUUUAGAGUCAAUUUUCAUAUAUAGAUAAAUAGGCAAAGUCAG